CAUGGCUGGAGCAAACAAGUUGAGGAUGAGGAAGUUGUUAGUGGGACUGUGAGAAACGCAGCAGCAGCCUUAAGAUUAUUUUGCACGCUCUAAAAGCGCCUUUUGCUUACCAUUAGUACCCAUUUCUUCUUCCAGACCCUCGUCGCUCUCUUAAACCACUUGUGAGGACGUUGAUGAGUGUGCCCACAAUGGCGCCAACACAGCAAGCACUUGCCGCUGCCGCGACGGAGAAGCCGCACUUCGUCCUGGUCCCUCUCCCGGCGCACGGCCACCUCAUCCCCAUGGUCGACCUCGCGCGCCUCCUGGCGUCCCGCGGCGCGCGCGCGAGCCUCGUCACCACGCCGCUCAACGCCAGGCGGCUGCGCGACGGCGGUGUCAACAAGGAACUCCUCCUUGAGAUCGUCGACCUCGCGUUCUCGCCGGCCGACUACGGCCUGCCACCUGACUGCCAGAACGCCGACAAGAUCUCCGACAACGCCCAGAUCCUCCCCUUCUUCCUCGCCCUGCACAAGCUCGCGGCGCCAUUCGAGGCCUACUUGCGCGCGCUGGAGCCCCGCCCGAGCUGCAUCAUCGCCGACUGGUUCAACUCGUGGACGGCCGGCGUCGCCAGUAGCCUCGGCAUCCCGCGGCUGUUCUUCCACGGACCGUCGUGCUUCUUCUCGUUCUGUGACCUCAACGCCGCCGCGCACGGGCUGCACGAGCGGGUAGCCGCAGCCGACGACGACCGGCAGACGCACGUCGUGCCCGGGAUGCCCGUGUCCGUAAAGGUGAGCAAGGGAAGGGUGCCCGGCUUCCUCACCUCUCCUGGGUGCAAGGAGCUGCGUGAGGACGCCAUGGCGGCCAUGCGCGCGUCCGACGGCGUGGUGGUGAACACCUUCUUGGACCUUGAAGACAAGUUCGUCGCGGCCUACGAAGCUGCUCUCGGGAAGCCGGUGUGGACGCUUGGCCCGUUCUGCCUGCACAACCGGGGCACCGAGGACACGGCGUCGCGCGGGGGCGACAAGCCCGGCGUCAGCGAGAGCGCGAUCACCGCAUGGCUGGACGAGCAAGUCCCAGACUCCGUCGUGUACGUCAGCUUCGGCAGCGUCGCACGGAAGCUUCCGAGGCAACUGUUCGAGAUCGGCCACGGCCUGGAGGACUCCGGGAAGCCGUUUGUCUGGGUCGUGAAGGAGUCGGAGCAGGCCUCGCCGGAGGCUCGGGUAUGGCUAGAGGCCCUGGAGGCUCGCACGGCGGGGCGUGGUCUCGUUGUGCGCGGCUGGGCGCCGCAGCUCGCCGUCCUAUCGCACCGCGCCGUUGGGGGGUUCGUCACGCACUGCGGUUGGAACUCGCUGCUGGAGUCCAUCGCGCACGGCGUGCCGGUCGUGACGUGGCCGCAUUUCGCCGACCAGUUCCUGAACGAGCAGCUGGCCGUGGACGUGCUCGGCGUCGGCCUUCCGAUCGGCGUCACGGCGCCAGUGAUGAUCCUGGACGACGACGCGCCGGUGCCGGUUCUGCGCGAAGGCAUAGCGCGUGCGGUAUCGCUGCUCAUGGACGGAGGGGAGGAGGCGGAGGAGAGGAGGAGGAAGGCCAAGGAGUACGGCGCGAAAGCUCGCAGGGCCAUGGAGAAAGGAGGCGAUUCGUACGAAAAACUUAGGCAGCUGAUCGAAACCUUCAGAUACGGUACAUAGGCAAUACACAUGGGAACACUGUCACCGCCUGAACAUUAGUAGUACGAAAAUAACUUUGUACAAUUGUACGUAAAUCUCUUCAUUGCACUGCACUAGUUUCAAAAAUUCAUCCGUGCCCGCGUGUAAUCAUGUCGCUCAGUGGCAUUGAUGUCUCCGUCAGAAGAAAAUGCUUAUUGAUCGCCUCCA